GUUUCUGAUUCUUUUUGUUGUUGUUGUUAAUUGUUAUUUGGUCUGUUCUUUGUUUGUUUGACAAUUAUCAUGGAAUCGAUGGAAAUUGAUCAGAAUACUGCUAAGGAUUUACUCUCUCAUGGUGCUUUCUUCUUAUUGAUUGAUUUGCCUGUUGGAUCGACAAUUGGAAUCGAUUUUAGUGAAUAUUCUGUUGGUGUUAAAUUCAAAGGAUUUAAAAUGAUUCCUCCUGGAUUACAUUUCGUUCAUUAUUCAGCAGUUGAUCGAAAAUUUCCAACUCAAACAAGCCCACGAUCGGGAUUUUUUCACAUAUUCCAGCCGAAAGAGAUUUAUAUUAGAAGAUGGGAUGGUGGAGACGAAGAUAUUUCAGAGAUUCUUUUAGAUCCGGAUGAGGUUCAACGUUACUCUGACAAUUUAAUCGGUUCAUUGGAUCAACAUUUAGCUCCAUAUCCUUUUUCUGAAUACCGAAAAUGGACUCAAUUGACCAACUAUAUUGGUGUAAAUGUUUUGAACACACUUAAUCCAAACUGUGGAAAGAUAAGAUCAGUAACUCAAUUGGUUUCUCUCAAAUAUCCUCAAGAUAUUCAACCCUCUGAAUCUUUACCCACCACGAAUAGGAGACUAACUGUUGACAAUUUAAUGUCUUACAUGGAAAUCGAACCCGAUUCCCGAAUUAAAUUCGCUCAACUUUCAAAACUUCCCCGAUUACCUGAAGGGGCAACAUCAAGUGACCUGACCAAACAUUGUAUCGACCAAAGCUACACCCUCGACGAAACACUGAAAAGAUACGAGAAACCAGAUGAUAUUCUUGGCGAACUUCAAUUUGCCUUUGUAACAUUUAUUAUCGGACAAGUAAAUGAUUCUUUUGACCAAUGGAAAUUAAUGUUAAAAUUACUCUGUUGCUCUGAUGCAGCAAUCAACAAAUAUCCAUCAAUGUAUUUUAAUUUUAUCAAUGUUCUAAACCUACAAUUGAGAGAAGUGCCUGAGGAUAUUUUCAUCGAUAUUGUGGAUAAUGAAAAUUUUCUCGUGUCAGUUUUACGUGAUUUUUUUUAUAACGUAUUUUGUAAUCCAAAUACUGACCGAAAGGUCAGAGAAAAGGCCAUUGUAUUUAAACUACAUGUUACAGAAAAGUACAAAUGGGAUUUCGAGGAAGAGCCAGAAGACGAGUUGCCAGUCGUUGUUACUUAACGAAUAAAAAGAUUACACUCUUA